AUGAUGACAAAGAACACAACUAAUUUUGUAUUCACGCUUUCUGGAUUUGAAGAUGAAACAAAAGAAACCAAACAUGUUAUUUUCUCUGUCGCUUUUAUUUGCUAUUUUCUUAUUGUGUUCAUCAAUGUGACGCUCAUUUUAACCAUCCUCCAAGAUAAAUCUCUCCACGAGCCCAUGUAUUUUUUCCUAUGUAAUCUGUGUAUUAAUGCACUGUAUGGAACAAUGGGUUUCUACCCUAAAUUCCUAUCAGACUUGCACUCUGGAUAUAAUGUGAUCUCGUAUGAAGGAUGCCUUCUGCAAGCAUUUGUCAUCUACUCCACUGUUGUGUGUGAUUAUUCAAUUUUAGCAGUUAUGGCAUAUGACCGAUAUGUUGCAAUAUGCAGACCACUGGAGUAUCAUUCUAUUAUGACUAAUCAGGCUGUUGUUAAAUUCUUGGUGUUAUCCUGGUUUCCUCCUCUUCUGUGCCAGGGCAUUUUAAUUUUUUUGAUUUACAGAUUAAUUUUAUGUCGAUCAAACAUAGAAAAUCUCUUUUGUUCAAACUGGGCGAUUGUAAGGCUUUCUUGUUAUUCAACUACAGUUAAUAAUGUGGUUGGUUACAUUGAAGUUUUUGUUUAUGCAGGUCAUGUGAUUUAUAUUAUCACCUCUUAUGUGAGACUGAUCAGAAUAUGCUUAAAAUCCACAGAAAACAGAAGCAAAUUCAUGCCACAUUUGCUAGCACUGAUAAAUGUGACACUUUCUAUACUUUUUGAUGCCAUGUACAGUCGAUAUGGAUCAAGGAAUAUUUCAUCAGGUCAACGGUAUUUCCUGGCAAUAGAAUUCCUGGCAUUCCCACCACUGUUCAAUCCCAUCAUUUACGGAAUACAGCUGACUAAACUUCGGCACGCACUGCUGGGGAUACACAGGAAACGCAACAGGGUAAAUCUUGAAUGA